CACACUGGGCCAGACCAGCCAGGGAGCAAGUAUUAAGGUGAAUGCGCCGGGUCAAGUCCGGUGCUGGGAUAUUCGAUCCGCAAAAAUUCAGGCGUCUAAUUAAUACGAGGCGAGCUGAGGCGGCCCGGAGCGAUGGACGCGCGUAAGCUCACCGAGCUGCUGCGGGCGACGAUCGAUCCCGCGCAGCAAAAGGAGGCAGAGGGGCAGCUCAAUCAGAUUCACAAAAUUAUUGGUUUUGCACCGACGCUAUUGCAGGUAGUAAUGUCAAAUGAAGUCGAUAUGCCUGUCAGACAAGCUGGUGUAAUUUAUUUAAAAAAUUUAAUUACUUCACAUUGGGGUGAUAAGGAAGUUGACAGUGGGCCCAUAGAAUUUAGUAUUCACGAGCAAGAUCGUGCAAUGAUACGUGAUGCCAUAGUAGAUGCUGUGGUACACGCUCCGGAUUUAAUUAGGCAAGUUGUAAUAAUACAAUUAGCAGUUUGCAUCAGUAAUAUAGUUAAAUACGAUUUCCCUGGAAGAUGGACGCAAAUAGUGGACAAAAUUACGAUAUACCUUCAAAAUCCCGAUGCUGCGUGCUGGCCUGGUGUUCUUCUCGCGCUGCAUCAGCUCGUUAAAAAUUUCGAGUAUAAGAAAGCAGAAGAGAGGGGACCAUUAAAUGAAGCAAUGAACUUGUUACUCCCUAUGAUCUAUCAAUUGAUAUUACGCUUAUUGCCAGAUUCAUCUGAACAGUCUGUUCUCCUUCAGAAACAGAUAUUAAAAAUUUUCUUUGCACUUACACAGUAUACACUUCCCCUUGAUCUUAUUUCGAGAGAAGUAUUCUCACAAUGGAUGGAUGUGAUAAGACAAAUAGCUGAUAGGCCUGUACCGCCAGAGACUAAUAAUCCUGAUCUUGAUGAUGACGAACGCGUAGAAUUGCCUUGGUGGAAAUGUAAAAAGUGGGCGUUGCAUAUUUUACACAGAGUUUUUGAAAGAUAUGGUAGCCCAGGAAAUGUAACCAAAGAGUAUAAAGAAUUCUCUGAUUGGUACUUGCAAACCUUCAGUGCCGGUAUUCUCGAAGUUCUUCUAAAAAUCUUGGAUCAAUAUCGCAGAAAAAUUUAUAUCUCUCCUAGGGUAAUUCAACAAUCAAUCAAUUAUAUCAAUCAAGGUGUGAGCCAUGCGUUUUCUUGGAAAUUUUUGAAGCCUCACAUGUUCGAGAUUAUACGUGAUGUUUUAUUCCCCAUUCUCUCGUAUUCUGCCGCGGAUGAGGAAUUGUGGAAUACUGAUCCAUAUGAAUACAUCAGAGUAAAAUUUGAUAUUUUCGAAGAUUUUGUAUCACCGGUUACAGCGGCACAAACCUUGUUGCACUCGGCAUGUAGAAAACGGAAAGAUAUGCUACAAAAAACGAUGCAUUUCUGUGUGGAGGUGUUAACUAGUCCAAAUGCAGACCCAAGACAAAAAGAUGGUGCAUUACAUAUGAUUGGAAGUUUAGCCGAUGUUUUGUUGAAGAAGAAAGUUUACAAAGAUCAAAUGGACAAAAUGAUACUGCAAUACGUAUUUCCUGAAUUCAACAGUCCCCAUGGGCAUAUGCGAGCGAGAGCCUGCUGGGUGAUGCAUUACUUCUGGGAAAUUAAGUUUAAAUCGGAACAAAUUUUAGUUGAGGCAGUCGGAUUAAUUACAAAUGCCCUCUUGAGAGAUCUUGAUUUGCCUGUUAAAGUCGAAGCAGCCAUAGCAAUUCAGAUGAUGCUUUCAUCACAACCAAAAGCUAAAAAGUACAUCGAGCCGUUAAUUAAACAAAUAACACUUGAAUUGUUAACCAUCAUAAGGCAAACGGAAAACGAUGAUCUGACAAGUGUUAUGCAGAAGAUUGUUUGCACGUAUACUGUACAAUUAAUUCCAAUUGCUGUGGAAGUAUGUCAGCAUUUGGCUGCUACAUUUAGCCAAGUACUUGAAACAGACGAAGGUAGCGAUGAGAAGGCAAUAACAGCAAUGGGCCUAUUGAACACAAUAGAAACGCUACUAACGGUAAUGGAGAAUCACCCUCAAAUCAUGUUGCAACUCGAACCGAUCGUCCUCCAAGUAGUCGUUUACAUCUUUGGACAUAACGUAAUGGAAUUUUACGAAGAAGCAUUGUCAUUAGUUUACGACCUAACGGGUAAAGGUAUAUCUGAAGAUAUGUGGAAAGUCUUAGAACUUAUGUAUCAACUCUUCCAAAAAGAUGGUUUUGACUAUUUCACUGAUAUGAUGCCUGCGCUUCAUAAUUAUAUCACUGUCGAUACUCAGGCGUUUUUAUCGAAUGAAAAUCACGUUCUUGCUAUGUUCAAUAUGUGUAAAACUAUUUUGACUGGAGAUGGUGGUGAAGAUCCAGAGUGUCAUGCUGCCAAAUUACUAGAAGUUAUAAUUUUGCAAUGUAAAGGACAUAUAGAUCAGUGUAUACCGUCACUUGUACAAUUAGUCCUCGAACGCUUAAUGCGCGAAGUUAAAACUUCCGAGUUGCGGACGAUGUGUCUUCAAGUAGUCAUUGCCGCUUUAUAUUACAAUCCUGCACUUUGUCUGGAAACAAUGGACAGAUUACAAGGAAAUUUUGAUCAGUCAACAGAGCCGCUUGCUUCGCGUUUUAUAAAGCAGUGGAUCAAUGAUACUGAUUGUUUUUUAGGCUUGCACGAUCGUAAACUGUGUGUUCUUGGACUGUGUACAUUAAUCAGCAUGGGUCCUGCGCGACCGCCUGCUGUUAACGAAUGUGCAACGCAAAUUAUUCCAUCCUUAAUUUUGCUAUUCGAAGGUUUAAAAAGAGCGUAUGCCGCUAAAGUCACAGACGGAGACGAUGAUGACGAAAAUGAAGAGGAAAGUGAUAUUGACGAAGAUGUCUUAUCAUCGGAUGAAGACGAUAUAGAUGAUGCUAAUCAAGAAUAUCUCGAGAAAUUACAAGAUAAGAUAACACGAACAUCUGCUCAACAUGGUUUUAACAUUAAUGCGACUAUACAAGAUGGUCACGGUGAUCAUAGAUCAGAUGAUGAUGAUGAUGACUCAGAGUAUGACGGUAACGAAGAGACUGCUCUUGAAAGCUAUACUACACCUUUAGAUUCAGAGGAUUCCAAUCAAGAUGAAUACGUCAUUUUUAAGGAAAUCAUACAAAAUAUUGAAAGAUCCGACGUGGCGUGGUAUAGAGCCUUAACAAGUCUUCUUAAUCCUGAACAAGAGAAAGCUUUACAAGAAAUUAUUCUUCUGGCGGAUCAGCGCAAAGCGGCUUUAGAGAGUAAAAGAAUCGAGCAGAGCGGAGGAUAUGUUUUUCACUCACAGACUGUGCCCACUUCAUUUAACUUCGGUGGAACACCUUUAAGUCGAUAAAGACUUAUAAUCAUUUCAAUUUUAGGUUAACUAAGUAAGUAAACAAAUUAUACAGAAUCUGGAUGGACAUUUGUGGCACAUGAACAUUAUUUAUACGACUAUUUCGAAAAUAUGACGCAUUUCCUAUUUACUAUUUUUGUGUAAAUUAAUUGUACAUUAU